AUGUCACCAACCACCAUCAAUGCCACCACCAACCCAACCAAGUCCAUUGUUGCCAACAGCAGUGAAACCACCACUACCACCAUCACCAUCACCACUACCACCGUUACCACUUCUAUCAUCUCCAUCUCUAUCAUCUUCACCAUGAAAUUAUCAUCAGUAUUGCUGGAUGCAGAAGGGGACAGCCGGAGGCUGAAGGGGGCCAUUCAGAGGAGCACGGAGACGGGCCUGGCGGUGGAGAUGCCCAGCCGGACGCUGCGCCAGACCAGCCAUGAGUCCAUCGAGGACAGCAUGAACAGCUACGGCUCGGAGGGCAACCUUAACUACGGGGGAGUCUGCCUGGCAUCGGAUGCACAGUUCAGUGACUUCCUGGGCAGCAUGGGGCCAGCGCAGUUUGUGGGCCGCCAGACCCUGGCCACCACACCGAUGGGGGACGUGGAGAUUGGCUUGCAGGAGCGGAAUGGUCAGCUCGAAGUGGACAUCAUCCAGGCGCGGGGACUGACGGCCAAGCCAGGCUCCAAGACACUGCCAGCGGCCUAUAUCAAGGCCUACCUGCUGGAGAAUGGCGUCUGCAUUGCUAAGAAGAAGACCAAAGUUGCUCGCAAGUCAUUGGACCCACUGUAUAACCAGGUGCUGCUGUUUCCUGAGAGUCCCCAGGGCAAAGUCCUGCAGGUGAUCGUGUGGGGCAACUAUGGACGGAUGGAGCGGAAGCAGUUCAUGGGUGUGGCCCGCGUGCUGCUGGAGGAGCUGGACUUGACCACCCUGGCCGUGGGCUGGUACAAGCUCUUCCCCACCUCCUCCAUGGUGGACCCAGCCACAGGCCCCCUGCUCCGGCAGGCAUCCCAGUUGUCCCUCGAGAGCACCGUGGGGCCCUGCAGUGAGCAAUCUUAGUGCCAGGAACGGGGAGGGGCUCCCUGAGAUGGCCUGGAGACCACCCAGCCCCGACCUGGGACCCCAGGCCCAGGGGCAUCUUGAACAGAGGAGGACGGGGUUCUCCCCCACAGUGGGGAAGCAGAAUAGGGAGACCUACCCCCCUUGGACCCUCCUCACCCUUCUUUGCCUCCUAUCCCCUGAGACCUUUCCUUUCCCAGUGGGAUUGGCUGCACUUUUGACUU